AUGCCCGCGGACGCGGCCAGCAGCGGCGCGGAACCUCCGCGGGAACGGCGGCGGCGGCGCGGGCGUGCGCGGGCGCGCACCGAAGCGUUGCUGCACACUCUGAAGCGCAGCCGACGGGUGAAGGCCAACGACCGUGAGCGGAACCGCAUGCACCACCUCAACGCCGCCCUGGAUGAGCUCCGCAGCGUCCUGCCCACCUUCCCCGACGACACCAAGCUCACCAAGAUCGAGACCCUGCGCUUCGCCUACAACUACAUCUGGGCCCUCUCCGAGACCCUCCGCCUGGCCGAGCAGUGCCUCCCGCCGCCCCCCGCCUUCCGCGGGGCCGCCGCUCCCCCCAGCCCCGGCAGCGACGCUGGUUCCUGGCUGUCCAGCGCCUCCCCGUCCGCCCCUUCGCUCUGCGCCUCCGCCUCCGGCCCCAGCAGCCCCGCCACCUCCGAGGACUGCGCUUACGCGCCCGCUGACGCCCUGCGCGGCUUCUGCGGGCUGCCCGCGGCCCCCGGCGCUCCCUGCCGCUAG